CUUUUGUUUCAAACCCACACUCACUCACUUCAAACAUCAUCCUUGUUGAUCAUGUUGCUAUUUUCUUCUUUCCCCAGGGUGCAGGUCGCUCUGUCUGCUUUUGCAAUGAUGUCAUCCGUUUUUGACUUCGUUUAUGCUUCACCCACCGAAUCGCCGCUUCGCCGUGCCACGAUUUGCAAUGGAAGCCCAGAUCUGUGUACCCGCAGUUUCGGAAACGUCACCUUCGUCGGUGCCCAUGACUCCUAUGCAGUCGGCACCAACAAUGUUUUCACGACCCAGGACUACAACAUUACACAACAACUGAAUGAUGGGAUUCGAAUGCUGCAAAUGCAGGCACAUAACUCAAAUGGAGUCAUUCACCUCUGUCACACGAGUUGUUCACUCUUUGAUGGUGGAACUCUUCAAGCUUACCUUACAACUGUCAAAGCCUGGCUAGACGCGAAUCCAAAUGAAGUGCUUUCAUUGCUCAUCGUCAAUUCUGACACUCUUCCGCCGAGUAGUUAUGACACGGUCUUCAAAUCGGUUGGGCUUGACACGGUGUCUUACUCGCCACCUUCUUCUUCCCUGCUUGAAAGUGGCUGGCCCACCCUGGGCAGCCUCAUUGAUUCGGGAAAACGGUUGAUCACUUUCAUGGAUUCCAACGCAGACUUCACCUCCGUUCCUUAUAUCAUCGACGAAUUCACUAACAUCUGGGAAACUGCGUAUGACGUCACCACGUCAUUUGAUUGCAAUGUGAACCGGUCUAACGCCAACACCCCGACCGCUACAUCUAUGUAUCUUAUUAAUCACUUUUUGGAUACUUUGAUUCUUGGCCAACCUGCUCCGGACCCAAGUCAAGCUAAUCAAACCAAUGCCGUGUCCGGUACGAAUUCCCUCGGUGAGCAGUUUAACCUCUGUGUUAGCCAGCAGGGCAGAAACCCGAACUUCAUGCUCGUUGACUUCUAUGAGUACGGUGGUGGAUCUGUCUUCGAGGUCGCUGCCACUGCUAACGGCGUCACCUAUUCCCCUGCCACGCCCAUUGCGACUCCAAUGGGAACAAGUUCAGCCUCCUCGCCGUCUGUGACCUCAUCCUCAUUGAACUCCGGCCGGCCUAACCUCAGCCGGUGGAGCUCAGCUUGGGUGGUUAUUGGCAGCGUGGCGUUCGGCGCCUUCUGCAUUUUUUAAUCUGUCAUCUGACGUUGGUCGCGCAUGUCCACUACUGGGACGGUAUACCAUACAGUAAUCUGGAUCUGGGACUGAACUCGUACCAUAUACACUCGCACUAUACUUGUCGAACUAUACAAUGGAUUGUCAUGGACUUGAAUGAUACU